AUGAGGCUCGCGCUGCCCCCCAAGCCGCGCUUCCUCUCGGGCGUGCCCCCCAACGCCAUCGGCAUCGUGGCCCUCGUCGCGGCCGUCAACCUCGUCGUCUGGGCCAGCAUCGCCGUCGUGCUGCACCACCACCCGGCCCUCAUCUCCGCCGCCGCCCUCUCCUACACCCUCGGCCUCCGCCACGCCCUCGACGCCGACCACAUCUCGGCCAUUGACCUCAUGACGCGCCGCCUCGUGAGCCUGGGCCAGCGCCCGGCCACCGUCGGCACCUUCUUCAGCCUGGGCCACUCCACCAUCGUCAUCGUCACCUGCGUCGUCGUCGCCGCCACCUCGGGCGCCCUGCGCGACCGCUUCGACGGCUUCACCCGCGUCGGCAACAUCGUCGGCACCGCCGUCAGCGCCACCGUCCUCGUCGUCCUGUGCGCCGCCAACGCCUGGAUCCUGUACGGCCUCGUCGGCGCCCUCCGCCGCGAGCUGCGCCGCCGACGUGGCCUCGCCGCCGGCACCCUCGAGCCCGCCCUCCCUUACGACCACGACCACGUCCACGGCGGAGGCGUGCUGGUCCGCGUCUUCAAGUUCCUCUUUAAGGCCGUCGACCGCCCCUGGAAAAUGUACCCCCUGGGCGUCGUCUUCGGCCUCGGCUUCGACACGAGUUCCGAAGUGGCCAUUCUGGGAAUCGCCUCGCUGCAGGCCCUUAAAGGGACCAGCAUCUGGCUCAUUCUCAUCUUUCCCAUCCUCUUCACAUGCAAGUAUUUCCCUUUCCCAGCGCGGGCCUUUCUGUCAACACCACCGCCAAGAUCCGGCAUGUGCCUCAUCGACACGACCGACGGCGCCGCCAUGGUCACCCUCUACAGCUCCAAGGCCUUCUCCAGUGACCUCGUCGCCCUGCUGUACUACCAGAUCGUGCUGAGCGCCAUCACCGUCCUGGUAUCGGCCUUCAUCGGCAUCGUCCAGAUCCUGUCGCUCGUCCAAAACGUCGCCGAGCCAGAGGGCAGCUUCUGGGACGGCGUCGGUGCCAUCGGAGACCACUUUGACAUCAUUGGCGGCAGCAUAUGCGGAGUCUUUCUGCUCGUUGGCAUUGCCUCCAUCCUCUUGUACGGACCGUGGAGGCGACGCGUCGACCGCCAGACCCAGGGACUCACUGCUGCUGAAGACGAAAGCGGCCGCGGCUCCGAAGAGCCUGCAUCGCCCUUUGACCAGCCUGAAGUCCCUCAGCCUGCUACAGCAAAAUAG